UGAAUGACAAUGCUAUAUAGCUGAUGUCUGCUCUGCUGUUUUUCAGGGCGCUGUUUGACCAUGUUGGAGAUUCAGAGCAGGAAUUGAGUUUCAAGAAGGAUGAUAUCCUCUAUGUGGACGACACGCUGCCCAGAGGGAAUUUCGGCUACUGGUUGGCAUGGCAACUGGACGAAAACGCACAGAAGCUGAUGCGUGGACACGUGCCCAGCAAGUGCAUGAUGGAUCAGGAUUCCCAGCGGCGCUACAGUGUGACGGACGGUAAAGACGAGAGCGGCUCUGGGAAGACACUGUCAGCCGCGGCGCGUCGAUCUUUCUUCCGGCGGAAACUCAAACACAAACGCAGCACCUCUAAAGACGGACGCGACGCUCCUGCAGCCGACGCCAUCAGCACUGACUCCAUGCCCUACCUGGAGGACUGUGUGAGUCCGGCCUAUCAGCGUGUUCUGAAGGUGGAAUCGACCAAUCGCAGGCCAGUGUUGAUUCUGGGACCUCUAGUGGAGCCAAUCAAAGACAUGCUGCUCAGAGAGGCUCCUGGGAAAUACUGCCGCUGUUUACCUGGUGAGGAGAUCUGCUCACAUUUCAGCUUUCCCCACUCAUGA